AUCGCGGUACAAUCAGAAAGGAGGUGAAUCCUUAUGUAAAAGUGGAUUUGUUUCCAAAGAAAAACUGCCGCGUAAUGGAACUACUUGUGCCGACAGUCUCGGACGUUGUCUUUAAAUAUACAUGGCCUAUUCCACGUUACAAGAAAACUAUUUCAAAGAAGAGCUCCAUCGACAGCCCCACAUUCGACACGAACGUGAAUGGUAUACAGAGCUCGUGGAAUAUGUCCAUCAGAUUCUGGAAGAACCCCGACGGAAAGAGAAUCAGAAAUCCCGUGGUGCUAUGCCUGAACAUGCUUAGUUGCACUGUGGACGAGGCAGAGCAAACAAAGAUACGAUUUCAAUUUGCAGUGUUCAAUAUCGACGAGAAACGUUGGGAGUAUUGUCACGUUAGUAGGACAGUGCUCGAACUGAAGUCAUGCGCCGAUAUCAUUUCCUUGGGUUACAGAGAUCUGUCCAUAGUCGAGAGGCAUUUAAAGAGAAACGGCGAGGUUCUGUUGAUGGUCAAGAUACAAAUAAUCCAGUGUGAAAAUGAGAAACACAACUUGUCGCAGGACAUGGCCAGACUAUUGAACCAUCCUCAUGGCGCAGACACAAAAUUAAUCUGUGGAGGUUUGACCAAUACACAAAUUCCAGUCCAUAGCAGUAUAAUCGCUGCACGUAGUAGUGUUCUAGCUAAAAUGAUUUCACCUCUAAGAGAACCGCGAACAACAAACACAAGUACCGCAGAAGAGAAAAUGUUGGAUACACGAGACCCAGAUGAAGAAAAGGUGAUCGAUAAGGAGAAUGAUUGUCUGGAACCGCGAUCAAGCAUUGAUCCCGUAACAGAUCACUACAUGUUUUCACUUGAAUUAUUGGACUUAAGUAGUGAAGUGACGAAUGAAUUAUUACGGUACAUAUAUACCGAUCAUGUAGAUAAUUUAGAUAGUUUAGCUCCUCAACUUUUGUCUCUGGCAGAACGCUUCUGUCUACAAGGACUGAAGGAGCUUUGUGAAAGGAAUCUUAUUGAAACGAUAAAUCCGGAAAACAUAGCGAGUAGACUUUUGGUCGCAGAUGAAUUUGGAUGUGGUGCGCUUAAAAGAGCCAGUUUAACAUAUUGCGAAGAAAAUUUGACUGUACUCAAUAAAAGUAUAGCGUGGAAGAUAAUGGAACAUGUAAAUCCCGAAUUAUUUAAUGAAGUUUGUGAAGCUAGUAUUGGCAGUUCCAGAUCAAGUAAUAUGGAUGACAGUGAAUUAAGUAACUAA